UUCUCUAACGGUCAGCUUCCACGUGCAUCACACCAUGUGAGGCCCACCUCCUGACAUCUCAAUAUAAAUCCUCCUUCACAUCAUCAACUACCUAGAGUUUUACGUACCUCCACCUCCCCCUCACCAGCCAGAAAGCAUGAACCCUCAUCCUCCUGCCGCCGUCCUCCCUACUCCACGCACCCUCCUCAACUCCCUCCUCAACUCCCUUACCCUCCCGCCUCCUUUAGAAGAUUCCCCUCCUACCUCCUCCUCUCCCCCAGCAGGAAAUCCCCUCAAAACCCUCCCCCCAGCCCACCGCGCCCUCCUCACAACCCUUCACGUUCUCUUCCCACCUCCCACACUACUCCAGGCUCUCGACUUGCUAGAUCGAGGCCUCGUCACACGUCUUGUUUUACUCCCACCACCUCAGGACCAUCCGUCCAGCGCCGAUCCCGCAGCGGGGGAGCCAAACGCAGGCACGACCAAAAAUAAGCCGGAGAACGCGGUAUAUAUCGUGCACUCCUCGCAGUCCCGCAAUUCGAGAGCCGCGCGGGCCGGGAGGGUAUACGAGGUGCGGCUCGAAGCGUGGAGCUGUAGCUGUGCGGCAUUUGCAUUUGCAGCGUUCCCCGGGGCGGGUCAGGGAUGGGAAGUUCAAGAAGAGGGCGGGGAGUGGGAGUGGGAACGGGAGAAGGGGGCGGGGUUUGGCGGGGGGUGUUUAGAUGGAUAUGGAGAGCGGGACGGGCAGGUACCGGUCUGUAAGCAUUUGCUGGCUUGCUUUCUGGGGGAAAGGUGGAGGAGUGUAUUAGGGUGUUAUGUGAAGGAGAGGGAGAUAGGAAGGGAGGAGAUGGUUGGGGUGCUGGUUGGGGGGGAGGUGGGAUGAGAAAGGUCAGAGCUCUGGCUGGAUUGGAUUUUGCUUGAGAUGAUAUAACGGGAUACCUUGUUGGGAAGGAAUAUCAAUGUGCGUGGAGCAGGUGGUUGAAGAAGAGGUGUUAUCUACGAACAGCCUGUAAAGGGGUCAGGAAGAAAGGGAAAGGAAAUACGGGGGUUCCGUAAUGGACUGGCUGGCUGGCUUUCAUUGACGCAUAAGUCACAGAUAAGAAUCCCAGACAGAUAUAAAUAAACCAAGACAUACAUACCUGCA